CGACGUCUGUUGACACUACCCGCCGCCAUCUUUGCUGUGUGGUUCUUUGUCUUGAUAUGGGGCGAGCGAAGCGUCUUUCACAGCAGUAUUGAUGCCUGCAAGUGGGACCAAUGGGAGAAAUGGCCCUCGGACGCGCAACCCCACCGCAUUGCACUGAUCGCAGACCCUCAGCUCGUCGACCCACACACGUAUCCCGGCCGCCCAUGGCCUUUGUCCUCGUUGACCAUUACCGCGACCGACAAGUACAUCAAGCGAUCCUUCUACCUGCUACAACGCCAUAUCGACCCCGACACAACUCUGUUCCUCGGCGAUCUGUUUGACGGAGGAAGAGAAUGGUCUACACACUUCCAAGGCUUCCUGCCUUCGGACCAACAGUGGAAGAAAUACGGCGACAGGUACUGGCUCAACGAGUACAACCGCUUUGGCAACAUCUUCUUCGAGCAGAAUCAAGUCACCGGAGGACGGCCUGCCCACAAAGUCAAGAAGUUUGUUGCCAGUCUGCCUGGAAACCAUGACCUGGGCUUCGGCAAUGGCAUCCAGGUACCUGUCCGAAAUCGCUAUCAGGCCUACUUUGGCGAAGGUGACAGGAUAGACGUCGUCGGAAACCACACUUUUGUCAGCAUCGACGCCGUCAGCUUGAGCGCAAUGGGUCAGCCAGACAGCUCGCCAGAGCUCUGGAACUCGACCAUGCAAUUCCUCGACAACGCCCAGCAGCUCAAAUACAAGGCCGUGCGUGCAGUGCUCAAAGAACAGCAAGGUCUGAUACCACACACACGAUGGGCGCAUGCUGUCACACACCCUCACGAUCUCGGUCGGCAGCCCACAAAAGAAGAGCUGGCGAAAGAAUCAAAGCCAGAGUUUCCUACCAUUCUCCUCAGCCACGUCCCCCUGUACCGCCCAGAAGGCACUCCUUGUGGCCCCCUCCGCGAGAAGUACCCGCCCAAAGCGCCGAACCUCAAGGUCGACAGACCAAACGCCAUUCGCAUCGCCGGCGGCUAUCAAUACCAAAACGUCUUGACACAGGAGAUUUCAACCACAGUUGCUCAGAAGAUCGGCAACAUUGGACAUGCCUUUUCAGGCGACGACCACGAUUACUGCGAAGUCGUACACCCGGACUACGCUUCCAGACACGACAGAGGCAUCCGCGAAAUCACAGUCAAAAGCAUAAGUUGGGCGAUGGGCGUCCGCAAACCAGGCUUCCAACUAGUCAGUCUCUGGAACCCUGUCGACGAAAACGGAGAGUCUCUCCGCGAUGGACCAACACUGCAGACGCACCUCUGUUUGCUUCCCGACCAACUCGGCGUGUUCAUUCUGUAUGGCAUUCUGGCUGCGUUCUCCAUAAUCGCUCUU